AUGAGAUCAAACGCGAGGGAGAUGCAUCGUCAAUUACAAACACUUGGACAAGUCUAACUUUUUUUUUUCUUUUACAAAAACGCUUUCAAAAGCAACCUUAGCAACGCCCAAAUAAGAAGCCACCUCUAAGCAAAAUAGUAUAUGUAUAAAGGGAGGGCGAAUAUAUACAAGUAUAUAUGUAUAGUACAGACGCACAGGUUUACACCCGGUGAACUUUUUCUUUUUUCUUUUUUUCUUUUUUUAAGAAAAACUAGUGACAUUGCAAAGAAGGACGCUUCCUCUCUAUCUUUUGGCGCAUUACUGAAGGGGGUAUUCUAUUUCGUUAAAGCGCCCAAGGGGGCGCAGGGACCUUGGAGAGAAGAGUGGGGAGGAAAGAGGAAGGGUGGGUGGGGGGCAGAGGGCGAGUCGGCGGCGAGGGCAAGCGCUUUCUUGAGGCACGAUGCGGUCUCUGCUGGUGCUCACUUUCUCCCCGUGCGUCCUACUCGGCUGGGCGUUGCUGGCAGGCGGCACUGGUGGCGGUGGCGCUGGCGGCGGCGGCGGGGGCGCGGGCAUAGGCGGCGGACGCCGGGAGAGAGAGGCGCUGCCGCCGCAGAAGAUCGAGGUGCUGGUGUUACUGCCCCAGGAUGACUCGUACUUGUUUUCACUGACCCGAGUGCGGCCGGCCAUCGAGUACGCUCUGCGCAGCGUGGAGGGCAACGGGACUGGGAGGCGGCUUCUGCCGCCGGGCACUCGCUUCCAGGUGGCUUACGAGGACUCGGACUGUGGGAACCGUGCGCUCUUCAGCUUGGUAGACCGCGUGGCGGCGGCGCGGGGCACCAAGCCUGACCUUAUCCUGGGGCCAGUGUGCGAGUAUGCAGCAGCGCCAGUGGCCCGGCUUGCAUCGCAUUGGGACCUGCCCAUGCUGUCGGCCGGGGCGCUGGCCGCCGGCUUCCAGCACAAGGACUCUGAGUACUCUCACCUCACGCGCGUGGCGCCCGCCUACGCCAAGAUGGGCGAAAUGAUGCUCGCGCUGUUCCGCCACCACCACUGGAGCCGCGCUGCGCUGGUCUACAGCGACGACAAGCUGGAGCGGAACUGCUUCUUCACCCUCGAGGGGGUCCAUGAGGUCUUCCAGGAGGAGGGUUUGCACACGUCCAUCUACAGUUUCGACGAGACCAAAGACUUGGAUCUGGAAGACAUCGUGCGCAAUAUCCAGGCCAGUGAGAGAGUGGUGAUCAUGUGUGCGAGCAGUGACACCGUCCGGAGCAUCAUGCUGGCGGCGCACAGGCAUGGCAUGACCAGUGGAGACUACGCCUUCUUCAACAUUGAACUCUUCAACAGCUCUUCCUAUGGAGAUGGCUCGUGGAAGAGAGGAGACAAACACGACUUCGAAGCUAAGCAAGCAUACUCGUCCCUCCAGACAGUCACUCUACUGAGGACAGUGAAACCCGAGUUUGAGAAGUUUUCCAUGGAGGUGAAAAGUUCUGUUGAGAAACAAGGUCUCAAUAUGGAGGAUUACGUUAACAUGUUUGUUGAAGGAUUCCAUGAUGCCAUCCUCCUCUACGUCUUGGCUCUACAUGAAGUACUCAGAGCUGGUUACAGCAAAAAGGAUGGAGGGAAAAUUAUACAGCAGACUUGGAACAGAACAUUUGAAGGUAUCGCCGGGCAGGUGUCCAUAGAUGCCAAUGGAGACCGAUAUGGGGAUUUCUCUGUGAUUGCCAUGACUGAUGUGGAGGCGGGCACCCAGGAGGUUAUUGGUGAUUACUUUGGAAAAGAAGGUCGUUUUGAAAUGCGGCCGAACGUCAAAUAUCCUUGGGGCCCUUUAAAACUGAGAAUAGACGAAAACCGAAUUGUUGAGCACACAAACAGCUCUCCCUGCAAAUCAUCAGGUGGCCUAGAAGAAUCGGCGGUGACAGGAAUUGUUGUGGGGGCCUUACUAGGAGCUGGCUUGCUAAUGGCCUUCUACUUUUUCAGGAAGAAAUACAGAAUAACCAUUGAGAGGCGAAACCAGCAAGAAGAAAGUAACCUUGGAAAACAUCGGGAAUUACGGGAAGAUUCCAUCAGAUCCCAUUUUUCAGUGGCUUAAAAGAAGCCCCCCGCUUUUUUUUUUUUUCUGCCUGAGAUUCUUUAAGGAGAUAGAUGGGAUGAAAGACAUCAAUGAAACAGAAGGGGCGUUCUUGAAGAAUUCAUUAUUUUAAGCAGUUAGUCAUUUCAUUUUCAAAUUUCUUUAGAAGCUCAGGAACUAUUGUUAAUCACCAUCUGCCUCCAGGCCUUUCAUCUCAUGACAAACAAAUGUAAUAAUGAUAUCAUGUCACUCUGUUAAAUGUUCAUACUGUUUCAAGGGCAUAUGAUUAGAUUUAUGUUUUUAAAAUCUGAUGUCUCCAUAUCUUGAUGGCUUUUGGCAGCAUUUCACACAAGGAUAUAAAAUGUGGUUUUCUUAAAUGAAAUGUUUCGUAGCUAGAAUAAAAUUAUUUUUACAAGUAGAACAUUCUUGGAAAGAAUUUAACACCCAGUAAGGGGAAAAUGUAAUGAAAAAUCUCAAGGUUGGUAAUACAGCCUUACUCCCUCUAGAGCUGGAGGACAGGUUUGUGGUUGAGGACUUCUAUGUCCGAUGUCUACAUUCAGGUUCUGACUUCAUAUCUUGAAAAAGGAUUUCCUCCCUUUUUCAGUGUCUCAUAAAUGCUACUCUGGAUUGUUGUAAAUAUUAGUGAGAUGGGAGGAUUUACAGAAGAAAAGCAAGUCUAAAAUGUUUCCUUUUUGAUGUAAAAAAAAAAAAGUCCCAUUUCACACUAACAUUUUAUUUUACAAGUAUUUUAAUCUUAUAUUUUGGCAUUAGAAAAAUUUAUCUUUUUUUUUUUUCAUUUUGAAGGUUAAAUGUUGCUUACAUUUUAAAAGCAUGGGUGAAGUGUACAACAAACCAAUAAUGAUAAAAAAUGCUUCUCUUUUUCUCCCCGUUUCCCUCUUUCCCUUGGGCACAGCCAAAUGCUAAUUUCUGCUUUAAUUACAGAGAUGUGGAAAUGUAUUCAGAUUUCAAACUCUACAGGAAUAUAUCAAAAUUUUAACUCUU